AAAAGCCCGUCUUUCUCUUUGAGCCUAUACAUCCGUAUGCGUGCUACAUAUAGCAGAAGUGUUCCUCACUCGUACCAGAAGCUUUUGUUUUGUCAGUCCCUUGAUCGUUUCAUCUCCUGAACCAAAUUUGAAGUUCAUUUCAACAUGAUUUCCGCAGCGGUUCGGAAUGCCCCCAAAGUUGUUAGUUUUCCAAACGGAAGCAACGGCUCCAUUGUCGGUCAUCUCUACCUUCCUAAAACCUAUAAUUGCAAUCAACGAUAUCCUGCCGUUGUCGUUGGCGGUUCAAUGGCGUCUGUUAAGGAGCAGAUGAGCGGUACAUAUGCGAGCCAAUUGGCGCACCACGGCAUCAUCGCCAUGGCCAUCGAUUAUACCAACUGGGGGGAAAGUAGUGGCGCAGAGCGUCAUUCUGAAGUCCCGACACAAAAGACCAAAGACCUGUCAUCGGCAGUGAGCUAUUUGGUAAACCGGAAGGACGUGGCUGCUACAGCACUCUUGGGUAUAUGCACUUCUGGUGGAAAUAUCCUUUAUGCUGCAGCAGAAGAUAAUCGUAUACGCGCUUUGGUAACGGUAGCAGGCUUUUUCGGGGAGCCGGAUCUACUUUCAAUACUGUUUGGUGCUGAUGGGGUUGAAAGUCGAAAGGCUUCAGGUCGUCAUGCUCGUGAUCUUUACAGAGAGACGGGCGAAAUUGAGAUGAUUAAAGCAUACUCAGACACUGAGCCCGCAGCGAGCAAGACUCCUAAAGAUUCCUACUACAUGGAUCAGUCACGAGGCGGUGGUAUUCGCGCGUGGCGCAAUUCUUUUGCUGUCAUGUCAUGGGAGUCAUGGCUCACUUUCAACCCUGUUGAGAAGGCUUCAUAUGUUACUGCUCCGACAUUGAUGAUUCAUUCUCAAAAGGCAGCGUUCCCUACUCAAGCUUCUAAAGUCUACGAUUUGUUAGCUGGACCGAAAGAAUGCAUUUGGACAGAGGCGACUCACUUCGACUUUUACGAUAAUCCAGAAACGGUACAGCAUGCUGUUCAACAAAUCGCCGGAUUUCUGCACAAAACACUUGUACUUUAAGGGUAAACUUGGCAAGAUCAGAU